AUGGUGAUCCCGGCGUGGGCAGCAGCGGCAUGGACGUCCUUGACGACCGCGUUGAUCCUCCCUGGAAUCCCGGGCGCUGCAGCCGAGAAUAAACAAGCGCUUUGCCUAGCAAGGCACUGGAGCGAGGUAGAAGCGGAGUUCAUCCAAUGGCCCAUUUGUGUCGAAUCGCGAUGGGAGCGGACAGCCCCCAGGAUCACUCAGGACACGACCAGAUCUCCUGACCAGACCGUUUCGGUGACCGUUUCGGAGGGAGCGCCGAGUACGACUGCGAUACCUGCCCCUGGUGGACAGCCUGACCAUGAACUUGACACCGACUCGCCACUCGACAAUUCAAACUUCCUCUCGUUCGAGGAUUGGAAAAAGCAAAACCUGGCGAAGGUGGGCCAGUCGGCAGAGAAUGUCCGCGGAAACAGGCACGCAGCUGGCAAAGAGGAUCGACGAAGACCGACGGGGAUCAAUAAUGCGUUGGAUUCGUUGGGAGAGGAUACUGAGAUUGACCUUGACUUUGGUGGUUUCGGUGCUGAAGCGUCCGACGCGGCGAAGCCUACAUCUUGGGGGUCAAGCAUACCUACGGCCGGGAUAACUGGUACGGCUGCUGGGGCUAGCGCAGGAGAUAUGGAGGCCGCUGUGUCUGCAGAUCUGCGGAAGGGCGCCUCGCGUGGGAAGGACGCCGGCACGACGUGCAAAGAAAGGUUCAAUUAUGCGUCAUUUGAUUGUGCAGCAACCGUGCUCAAGACGAAUCCUGAAUGUAAAGGGUCAUCAUCGGUCUUGGUAGAGAACAAGGACAGCUAUAUGCUCAAUGAAUGCCGCGCAAAGAACAAAUUCCUCAUCCUCGAAUUGUGCGACGACAUUCUGGUUGAUACUGUCGUUCUUGCCAACUACGAGUUCUUCAGUUCUAUCUUCCAUACCUUCCGUGUGAGCGUGGCUGAUCGGUAUCCGGCCAAGACCGAUCAAUGGAGGGAAUUGGGUGUCUACGAAGCGCGAAAUACCCGCGAGAUCCAAGCCUUUGCGGUUGAAAACCCGCUCAUUUGGGCUCGAUAUGUAAAAAUUGAGUUCCUGACACACUAUGGGAAUGAGUUCUACUGUCCUCUCAGUUUGGUCAGAAUUCAUGGAACUACUAUGCUGGAAGAAUAUAAACACGACGGUGAGACUAAUCGUGGUGACGAGGAGGCCGCUGCAGAGGCGCUGGAGCCGAGUCCCCACCCUGUCGAUGUUGAAGUGAAAGACGUCGCACAGCAACCUCUAACUACUGUGGCCUUGCCUGAUGAACCUACAAAUGGACCAACAGCUACCAUAGAGGCGCAGGGAUCCUGUUCCCAUCACGAAACGGUGCGACAGGAUGCGGCACAUGAGUCCGAGAUUAAGUCAGUCAGUUCCCCCAAGGAAGAGUCCAGCAUACCCUCGGAAUCGGUGCGGCCGUCCGGGACGCAACCUCCAUCCUCGAAUCCUACCACCCAAGAGUCUUUCUUUAAGUCCGUCAAUAAAAGGCUGCAGAUGUUAGAGUCCAACUCGACUCUAUCGCUGUUGUAUAUUGAAGAGCAGUCUCGGAUCCUACGGGAUGCGUUUAGCAAGGUUGAGAAACGCCAGCUGGCCAAAACAUCCACGUUCUUGGAGAAUUUGAACGUGACCGUAUUGAAUGAGCUGAGGCAGUUCCGCGAACAAUAUGAUCAAGUAUGGAAAAGUGUUGCACUGGAAUUCGAGCACCAGCGAAUUCAGUACCAUCAAGAGAUCCACUCGAUUAGUGCCCAGCUUGGGGUCCUAGCCGACGAGUUGGUGUUUCAGAAGAGAGUGUCUGUGAUUCAGAGUAUUAUGAUUCUCUUCUGUUUCGCUCUCGUCCUCUUUUCGCGAGUUCCGCUGGGCACGUACAUUGAUAUCCCGCGCAAGAAGAACUUUGAGCAAUCAGCUGCCAACCAUAGCGCCAACAGUGAGGCCGAGAUGCAGAAGUAA